GAAACAACACUACAACAAAUUCAUAUCACGAGCCGUUACAAGACAAAACGCCAACCUCUCUUUUUCUCCUGUUCCUCACCCAAAAUCUCUCAGUCUCACUCUUCUUUCUUCUUCCCAGCUAGCGCCGUAGCCUAUAGCUUAUGCUCCUUCUACACCUCUCACUUUCUCUGCUACUUUUUCUAUAAAAAUCAGAGCCCUUUCUUUCUCUUCUUACAAUUUGCUUUUUUGAUCCAACCAUGGUUGAUUUUCUUAAGCAGUCACGGAAGUUUGUAAUCCUAAUUGUCCUCUAUUUUAACUCCAUUCCUCAUGUUCAUCCCCUUAACAUUGGUGUUCAAGACACAGAUACUUCCAUCGUUCUGAGUAAAGAUUGCAGUAGAAAGUGCGAGUCUGAGUUCUGUACAGUGCCUCCAUUGCUAAGAUAUGGAAAGUAUUGUGGGCUUUUGUAUAGUGGAUGCCCUGGGGAGAAACCCUGUGAUGGUCUAGAUUCUUGUUGUAUGCAGCAUGAUGCCUGUGUACAAUCUAAGAACAAUGACUAUCUGAGCUCAGAGUGCAGCCAAAAUUUCCUAAAAUGCAUGUCACAAUUCAAAAACGCAAAAGGACGGACCUUCAAAGGGAGCAAAUGCAAAGUUGAGGAUGUUGUGGAAGUUAUCACAAUUGUGAUGGAGGCUGCAUUAUUUGCUGGAAGAUAUCUCCACAAACCUUGACAAUAGAGCCACCCUUUCUACUUGUUUCUCAACAUUUAAUUUUUCUUUUUAAAUUAAUUUUCUUCUUUUUUGCAUAGUUAGAAAGAACUUCAGAUCAGCAACAAAUCAGAAAAGGAAAAGGCUUGAAAGAAAAGCAUCAAUUUCAAUGAAAAUUUUCAUCGGAGAAAUGCCACAAACUUAACCCUGAAGGACACCAGCUUGCAAUAAAUCAAGUCCCAAUAUUGUAUCUCAUAAGCAGUAAUAAAUCAAGCCCCAUAUCUAUUAUCUACACCACUUUGUGUAAAUAUGAGAUCACCUGUUCAUCCUCA